AUGAGAGGAUCUUGGUCAGAUUUCAGUAUAAGAGAUACAAUUAAUUGGGUAGAUCGGAGUUCGCCUUCAAAUACACCUCCGACUAAUCUUUCUAUAAAGGAGAAACUUCUCAAGAAUAUUUUCAUCGCAGGAUUAAAUCCCAAAAACCAGCUGAUGGCAGAAGAAUACAGAAAAAAACUUCCAUUAGAAGGUUUAGUAAAAUUGCUGACUAUGAAUGAAAUACGUGCUAAGCAUGAUCCACUGCCACCAUAUCACCCAUGA